AUGGAGAAGGGUGAAAAAGGUGAAAAAGGUGGCAAAGGCGGCAAAGGCGGAAAAGGCGACAAAGGUGAAAAAGCUGAGAAGGGUGAAGGCAAGGGAAAAAGGCGGCCAGCCUCCCGUGGACGUCCCAAGGCGGAGGAGCCGGGCGCUCCUCCGCGGCGCAGCUCCUCGGCUCCCUCGAGGCCUCGCGAGGAGCCUGCCGCCCAGAAGCCACGCCCUCGCCGCGCCUCCUCCACAGCCUCGCGCGGAAGGAGGCCCCCUCGCACGGACAGACCUCGAGCCAACUGGGGACAUCCGGAAGGCAAGAAAUUUGACGACCUGGAUGUAGACUCCCGUGUCGACGGAGUGGUUGUGAAUGUCGGCGAUUUUGGUGUUUUCAUUGACAUCGGCUAUGAGCAGAAUGUCAUCCUUGCUGUUCCUCGCAGAUUUUGGCGCCGAUUUCGACGAGGCGAUGUGUUGGAGGACAUGGAGGUCGUCUCUGUGGAUCUUGACCUCCGACGCUCUACCGUGACCGUAGCGGACGUCGAAGAGGUGUUGAAGCCAAGCAGAAUCCCGCUGGAGGAGUUGCAAGAGGGGAGCUACCUGAACGGCGUAGUGGAUACCAAGAACCAGUACGGAGUGUUCGUCAAUGUCGGCUGCGAUGGCUGCCACGGAAAGCUGCAGCUUCCACGCUUCUUGGCCAACCAGCUCGUCCGCGGACAGGUGCUGCGUGACCUUUGCGUGGCGACCGUUGACCUGGAACUGAAGCGAGUGCGGCUGAUCAUGGACGAUGUCGAAGGUGCCAUUGCGGAUCAGGAGUUGGUCUCACUGGCAACUUUGAUGGCCGAUGCCGAAAAGGACAAAGACCCUAAGAAGCCCAAGCCAGCUCCCCUGGACCAGGUCGAACAGCCGAAGCCCAAGGCCAGUCCCAAGGCCAAGGAGAACAGGGCCCCAAAGGCAAAGUCGCAAAAGGCAGAGAAGGCCGAAGCGCCUGAUGAGGCAAAGGAUGAGGAGGGCCCGCAGCUGGAGCCCGGAGACCUCGUGGACGGUGUGGUGGUGUCCAUCAACAGCAAGGGCGUCUGGGUGAGCAUCGGCGGGAAGAAGAAAGCCAUCCUGGAGGUUCCCGCCGACCUCAAGGGCGAGUUCCGUCGGGGUGACACCGUGCAGGGCAUGCGCGUGGAGGAAGUCAACGAGGACGGAAACCCGGUGCUGUCCAUGGAUGACCCGGAGUUGGAGGUGGAGGAAACUAACCAUCGUCGCACCAGGAACAAGCCAAAGGGCAAGGCGAAAGGCAAGUCCAACCGCAGAGCCUGA